CUUACAACUUUAUUCUCUCUCCGCUAAAUAAACUAUAAAUAACAUUUAAUUUGGUCCAAACUACAAACCGACCUUAGCUCAGUUGGUAGAGCGGAGGACUGUAGUGGUUCAGCUGUUAUCCUUAGGUCACUGGUUCGAAUCCGAUCCCUCACUACUCCUGCCCUUUUCCUGAUCGAGCGAUUAUGGCGAACUCAUUGAGAUUGUACCUAACAUGCAUUCGGAACACUCUAGACGCUGCCCUGUGCUUGCAGAAUUUUCCCUGUCAAGAAGUGGAAAGGCACAAUAAACCAGAAGUUGAACUCAAGACCAGUCCAGAGCUUCUACUGAAUCCAAUUCUGAUAUGUAGAAAUGAAGCUGAGAAAUGUUUGAUAGAAACAUCUAUAAAUUCCUUACGCAUUAGCCUUAAGGUAAAUUCCGGUAAGCUUCAUGAGUUUAUUAGAAAUGUAUAUGCUAUAUGUUCAUGGCCUGGUGCAGACGGGUAUGACAUCAGUUUUCUCAUCACCAAUUAUCACUGCGAGGACAUGCAGAAGCAGAAACUGAUAGAAUUUAUAGUUCAGUUCAUGGAGGACAUCGAUAAAGAGAUUAGUGAACUGAAAUUGUCUGUGAAUACACGAGGGAGACUCGUUGCUACAGAGUUCCUGAAGCAAUUCAUCUGAUCACUUCCCCAUAAGUCGAAAUCUCACAUUGUAGCGUAUGAAAAGUUGUGGCACAUUCUGGAAAUGCAGAGUUCCGAAGACUCUAGCAACAUUGAAUGGUGGGUUGUUCUUACCUGCGUAGAUUCAAGAAAAAUCUCGAUGCGUAUCCUAAAGCGUUCAACUGAAGCUAUACCAUUAAUGACAGUGACUUGGAGAUAUCUGAUUGAGUUUGUGAUUGAGAUAAAAUUUACUUGUUCGGUCGUAGCAAUAUUUUGAUAUACAGUAGUGGACUUACUGUUUCAUUCACUAAACACAAUUUUUUUAAUUUGUGUUAUAUUAUUAUUA